AGAUGAAAACCAAUCGACUGCCGGAUCGUGACGCGUGACAACGCCCACAGAACACUUCACCGUACACCGCCGGUGGGUAGCUGGGUCUCCGGUCCUGUCCUUACAUAAUGGCAUCCUGCCUGGAAAAGUUUGGGAAGAAAAGACUGUUCCUGCUCGUUGGCUUCCUGGUAGUCGUCGCGGCUAUCAUAGGAAUCAUCGUCGGCGUAACCUCUAACCAGUCCCCGAGCGCAUCGCAAGGAGACUCCGAUGAACACGGAGGCGACAAGACGACCAAAGCCCCCGUGGUUCCUACGGGUACUCAGACCAUGUGGCCGCCGGGCAGCCCGUGGCUGACGCUCCGUCUACCUGACUACAUCAUCCCGGUACACUACAACCUCACCCUCUGGCCAGACCUCGUGGCUGAUACCUUCACCGGGAAGGUGGCGAUCGACCUGAAAGUCAGCCAGCCGACCAAGUACAUCCUUCUACACAUCAACCAACUCGUGCUCCAGACUCCCACCGUGUAUCAGAAACUGACGGGCGCGUCCUACGCGGUCCUCCGCACCUUCGAGUAUCUACCGAACCAGUUUUACGUCAUCGAAAUGUCCAGCGAGAUUCCCGCGAAUAACGGAAACGACGACGGGGACAUGUACGUGGUAACCGUGGACUUCAGCGGCAGUCUUGUCGGACACAUUGUCGGAUUCUACAAGAGCACUUAUACCAACUCCCAGGGUGAGACAAGGUCUUUGGCUACCAGUAAGUUCCAGCCCACGGACGCCAGGAGGGCCUUCCCUUGUUUCGACGAGCCGGCCCUGAAGGCAGAGUUCACCGUCAUCCUCAUCCACCAGCCGCAGUACAUCGCCAUUUCUAACAUGCCUAUCGACGUGGCUUACACCAGAGGUGACGGGCUGGUAGAAACACAUUUCCAGAGAUCGGUCCCCAUGAGCUCCUACCUCGCCUGUUUCAUUGUGUGUGACUUCAAGUACACGGAAAGCGUCACACGUGGUGGAACACCGAUUCGCGUCUACGCCACCCCAGACCAGGUGAACAACACCCUGUACGCGCUGGACAUCAUGAGGAACGUCACCGACUAUUUCGAGGAGCUUUUCCGAAUCCCCUAUCCACUGCCUAAGCUUGACCAGAUCGCCAUCCCUGACUUUGUGUCCGGCGCCAUGGAGCACUGGGGACUCAUCACGUACCGGGAGACCAACCUUCUGUACGAGGAGGGAGUCUCCUCUGCAGGCAACAAGCAGCGCGUGGCCAGUGUCGUGGCGCACGAGUUGGCCCAUAUGUGGUUCGGUAACAUUGUCACCAUGGAGUGGUGGGACGAUCUGUGGCUGAACGAAGGUUUCGCCAGUUUUGUGGAGUAUCUGGGCGUCAACGAGGCAGAACCCGAUUGGCAGAUGCUGGACCAAUUUAUCGUGCAGGAUCUACAGCCCGUGUACGGUCUGGACGCCCUGACAACAUCCCAUCCCAUCAUCCUCCCUGUUAACCGUCCUGAAGAGAUCACCGAGAUUUUCGACUCGAUCUCUUACAGCAAGGGGGCGUCUGUUAUCCGUAUGCUGCGAAGUUUCCUCGGGGAGACCGCCUUCCAAACCGGCAUCACGCAAUAUCUGACGGACUUCUCCUACAGCACGGCCCGAACAGAUGACCUGUGGAGCGCGCUUGGGGCGGCCAGCAAUCAACCGGUCAAGCAAAUCAUGGACACUUGGACCAAGCAGAUGGGGUUCCCGGUAGUCCACUUCCGCAACACGAGCUCGAGUCUACUGGUCACUCAGGAACGGUGUCUGGUGGACCGGACAGCUGACACCAGCAACAGCCAAUACGACUCACCGUACAAUUAUACGUGGUCCAUCCCGCUAUCGUUCUACCAACUGGAAACUAAAGACAACCCAUGGAAUGACGUCAUGGAUACAAAAGAAGUUGUUAUAACGAAUUGGCGACCCGACUCGGCAAAGAAGUGGAUCAUCGGAAACGUCAACCGGUACGGUUAUUACAGGGUGACGUUUGACGCAGACGUCUGGGCCGCCGUGACGCAACAACUUCAGGACGAUCACCUGAUGUUUUCAGCCGCUGACCGGUCUGGACUUCUCGACGACGGCUUCGCAUUGGCACGCGGUGGAUACCUGAGUUACUCGGUGGCUCUGGAUCUGACUAAGUACCUGGACCAGGAGGAGGGCUUCCUCCCGUGGGACACCGCAGUGUCGUCCCUGUCCAGCGUCACCAACCUGCUGGAGAACACCGACCAGUUUGAUGCGUGGAAGAAUUAUUGCAGCAGCAAAGUCCGGUCUUUGGCAGACACUUUGGGAUUUAGGGAAGGUGGAACACAUCUUGAACAACUUCAACGUUCAAACGUCUUGGGGUUUGCCCUGAGGACCGGGGACAUCAAUGCCUUGAACAAUGCCUCCGCCUUCUUCCAGCGAUGGUUACAGGGCGAAAGUGUUCCUUCGGCUUUCCGGUCGCUAGUAUACCGAUAUGGCAUGCAGCAGGACGGAGAUGAGGCGGCAUGGAACUACAUGUGGAACAAGUACAGUACAGAGACACUGGCACAGGACAAGAUACGUCUUCUCUACGGUCUGGCAUUCGUGCCUGACGGAAACCUUCUCAGAAGGUUGCUUGAGUACAGCAUGGAUGAGAACCUCAUCCGGAGUCAGGAUUUCAACUCGGCCGUUAUCUACGUCUCCUACACUUCACUCGGCCUGCCUAUUGUGUGGGACUGGGUACGGGAGAAGUGGCCAGAACUGGUCAACAGGUUCGGCUUGGACUCUCGAGCCCUGGGACGCCUCGUUCCCAGCAUCGUCUCAGGUUUCAGUACUGAUGCUGAGUUGCAGGAGGUGCUGGACUUCUUUGCCCUGUAUCCAGAGGCCGGGGCAGGUGCGAGGGGCCGGGAACAAGCAUUGGAGAGGAUCCGCAGCAACAUUGCCUGGCAAAACGCCAACUUAGACCACAUUAAAAACUGGUUACAGGACAACAGUGCUCGCUAAAACAGGUCCAUGAUAUAUGGUUGUAUCUUGGCGAAAUCUGAAGUGCCUUUCAGGAAUGUGUCAGGAAUCAACUAUAUCAAUAAUGUCAUCAAAUUAGAUAUAGAUUCCUAGGGAGUCCUUGAGUAUAUGGGCAAACACACCAAAAAAUGUUU